ACUUGCUACACCCACACUGGUAGAGGAAUUGCUAAGCUCUCCCUUUUGCCCUCUGACAGGAAAUGUCUGGUUGUCCGCAUCGUGAAAAGCAGGUGGGCCGAGUCUCAGUGGGUACAGCAAGACAUUAUGAUGAGAAAUAAAAAGUAGGAAAAAGAAGAGGAAGAGAGAAAAGGUAAAACAGAUAUGGAUGAUGUUAGGCAAACUCUCUACCAAAACCACCCUCUUCACCAUCCCCCCUUAAUUUCUCCAGAAGAUCUCUUCUCUUACACCCUUCCCUCACACUCCGAUACCCUCUUCACUCGCCUAAAUAGCCUACAGGAAGAAGACCUACUCCUGGACUGCAUUUUCCCCCUCCAAGGCAAAUCUUUCCAAGCUCACAGACUUGUUCUGGCAGCUGCCAGUCAAACCCCUGAUGUAUUUUUUGGCUCUAAACUCAAAUGUGGUCUUGGAGUGGAGAAUAUAGCACAUUGUUUGACCCCAGUUGGGUUAAGUGCUGUUCUGGACUUUGCGUACUGUGGAAAUGUAGCCGUAGACUUGAGUAAGAAAGGUGUAAUGGAGGAGGUGCUGCAUGCUUGCAGGUUCCUUGAGAUGGAGAGGCUGAGUCAAAGGUGCACGUCAAAAGUCAAAACCUCUGCGGCCACAGAGAGAGAGAAGAGCUUGGCUAACAUUAAGAUCAUGUGGGAGAGAGGUGUUGGUUGUGACUUCACAAUACAAGCGGAGAGUGGAGAGAGAUACUCAGCACACCGUGUGGUGUUAGCAGCAGGUGGGGACUAUUUCCGGGCACUGCUCUGUGGAGGGUUACGGGAGUCCAGUGAGGACAUUGUGUGCCUGCGAGGCGUGGCAUCCUGGGUCAUUGAAUCCAUGCUUGGCUUCAUCUACACGGGUCAGCUCAGAAUGGGCUGGAGCCAGAUUUGGGAGCUGACAGAUGCACUGUGUCAGUUCCAGCUGCAGGAGGCGCUCUCACUGUGCAUUGACUUCCUACGGGACAGAAUGGAUGAAAGCACCUGUCUGGAUGUGCUGGUCCUAGCUGAGACCUAUGCGCUGGACCAGCUGGGGCAGGCUGCAGAGGAGUACAUCCUAGCCCACUUCCAGUGCAUCUCUGCUGGGGAGAAGUUCAAGGAUGUCCCCUGUUCAUUCCUGGAGAAGAUGCUUGAGAAGGACUCAUUGUAUGUAGAGAGUGAGAUAGUGGUGUUCAGGGCAGUAGUUGACUGGGUGGAGGAUAGCCCUAAAGAGAGACUACCAGUUCUGCCAGGCCUGCUCCACCGUGUUCGUCUCCCCCUCCUCAGCUACUCUGAGCUCCAGGAGGCCCUAAGCUGCGGCCUCCUCUACAGGAGCCCAGGGGCCAGAGGAUCACUGGAGGCUCUCCAAAGCCUCCUGGAGGAGGAUUACACAGGGCCUGAGUGCCGACCUCGCAACCCAAACCAGGUUCUGGUUCUGGUCGGUGGGGACACUGUUGAUGAUGAAUGCAUGAAGAUGGUUCCCAGCCAGACCUUGUGGUUCGCUCAGCAGUUCCACCGUGGACAUGGUCUGAUCAGAAGCAUAGAGUGGAGGCCAUUCACCAAGCUUCCUGAACCGCCCCGGUUCAGACAUUGUGUUUGUCUCCUCAACAACAACCUUUAUGUCCUGGGAGGACGCAAGUACUACGGAGCACUGGAUAUCCUUAAGUCUGCCUUGAGGUUUGACCUGACUCAGUGUAAAUGGGAACGACUACCUGACAUGCUGUGUCAAAGGGACUACUUUUCUGCUGUGUGUCUGGAAGGUAAGAUCUUUGCUCUGGGUGGUAACUGUGACGACAGCCAAUACCUGGAUGCUGUGGAGUACUACACUCCUGAGGAGAACACCUGGAGGCGGGCGCACUCUCUGGACACAGCAGUGUGCAGCCACGCAGCAGCUGUUCUGGAUGGACAGAUCUACAUCUCUGGAGGCUGUGACCACCAUCAGCACUGCCUUUCCUCUAUGUGCCACUACCAUCCUUCCCGUGGCUGUUCACCCAGAGCCCCCAUGACUGUGGGAACGGGUCGUGCGGGCCAUAUCAUGUUAGCCUUGGGGAGGGGUUUAGUGGUAGCUGGAGGGCUGCAGCCGCUCUGGAUGGGCUUCGGAGACCAACUCUUCUGUGAGCUGUACAACACCACGCAUGACUCCUGGUCAUCCAUCCCCGCCCUGCCUCGCCCUCAUCUGUCACCAGGGGCAACUGUGCUUGGUGGAAGGUUAUACGUGGUGGGAGGGUCUUCAGCAAACAUAGAUACAUCAAGGGAUAACAAGGGGGUGCAUCGCUAUGAUCCCAUGGAGGGGUGCUGGGAAAACUUGGGGUCUAUGCCACACCCAUAUACAAAUCUGGCAGUUUGUUCCAUGCCAUUUCCUGAGUCUUUCAUUUAAGCACUGGUUGAUUUUGUUUCUGGCUCAGGUAAACCCAAGGAGCUUUAAUAGAUGUAAUUAUGAUUAAGCAACUCUAAUAUAUAGCUAGAGGUAUAGUAGGUGCUACACGACAAC